AUGGAGAAUCCCGACGGUACCAAAGAGGUGGAUGUGUCUGACGUUGAAGUGUCUAGUCCACCUCCCGUCGACAGCGCUGGACAAUAUAUCCAGGGAGCACGAUUGUAUACAAUCAUUAUCCUCCUCUGCCUUGCCCUCUUCUUGACCAACCUGGAAAUCCCGAUCGUUUCCACAGCUCUACUGGAUCUCGGUGGUCUACGCAUUCUCUUUGCUCCUGGGGCCGUUACUUGGAGGCGCUAUCACGGACUCGUCGACCUGGCGCUGGGUCUUUCUCCUCAAGUAAUGUCCCCCCGGCGGCCCUGGGUGGGGGGGGGGAUUCUCCUCGCCCUCGCCCUGCCCAACCGGUUUCCACAUCAUAACAAACAACGGCUUGAGGGAGAAACGGUCGGCCUGUGGGCAUCCCUGGCUCAGACCAUCCGCUGGGUUGAUAUCUUGGGCUCCAGUAUGCUGUUGGUGGCCACGAUUCUUCUCGUCGCCGCCCUGGAAGAAGCCAAUGAACAGUACGCCUGGCGGUCGGCUUUUACCAUUGUGCUUCUGACCAUCUCCGGGGUGGCAUGGAUCCUCUUUUUGUUGUGGGAAAGGUAUACGACGCUCAGUUCGAAGGCCAUUGAGCCCGUGUUCCCGUGGCGAUUUGUCUGUAACCGAGUCUGGCUGGGCAUGUUGCUAAACUCCAUCUGUCUGGGGGCUGUAUGGUUCGGCACCAUGUUCCAGUUGCCCCAGCGCUUUCAGACCGUCAAUCAGCUAUCCCCGCUCCAGGCCGCCAUCCACUUUAUUCCCUACACGGUUGCAGCGCCACUGGGAUCCGUCCUGGCGCCGACGGUGGGAUACAACUUGCAGCUGCAGAUCCUGGCGGGAUUUGCCUCGUUGCUUAUGUGGCAGAAGAAGCCAGUCGUUGUGUAG